UGCCACUUUAAAUCACAUUUUCGAGCCUGUCCAGUCCAGUGCAGAGCACGGCCCGCGGUAGAGCGACUCUGAUUAGGGUUUAGUACAGAGACCUUCAAGGAGGAGAUAAAGAGAAAGAGAAGCCAUGAGUAGGAGCUUGGGGAUACCAGUGAAGCUAUUACACGAGGCAUCAGGCCAUGUGGUCACAGUGGAGCUCAAGAGCGGGGAGCUCUACAGAGGAAGUAUGGUUGAGUGUGAAGAUAACUGGAAUUGUCAGCUCGAGAACAUCACCUACACUGCUAAGGAUGGGAAGGUUUCACAGCUUGAGCAUGUUUUCAUUCGGGGCAGCAAAGUCAGGUUUAUGGUCAUACCGGACAUGUUAAAGAAUGCUCCAAUGUUCAAGCGUCUAGAUGCUAGAAUCAAGGGUAAGAGCUCAUCGAUUGGAGUUGGUAGGGGCAGGGCUGUGGCAAUGCGGGCUAAAGCUGCAGCAGCUGGCCGUGGAGCAGCACCUGGUAGGGGUGUUGUACCACCUGUUCGAAGGUAAUCCUCUCUUGGAAAACUGUAGGUCAUCACCUUCUCUCUGGAGCAUUAUUGUCAACUACUGUAGGUCAUCUGAGUAAUGGUUGAGUUUAGGAAAUUUGAUGAAAAAUGAUUCUGCUUUUCCAGCUUAUAAGGGGGGUGGGAAAAGAGAUUAUGUUACCGGACAAUCACAAGCUCAGUUUUUGUAAUCUAUUGAAUAUUACUAAUUUGAUCUUUUAUGUGUUUGGAUUUUAGACAGUCUAUUGUUAAUGUGACAUUUUUUAUUACAGCCAA